AAGCUGUCGCUGUUGGAAGAGCGAGGAAUAGUUGUGGAGAAAGAGGCGGAGGGAAGCAGACCAGCCCCUCCGAAAACUGAGAAAUGCGUUGAAUUCAUUAAUCCACACGGACACUGUCUCGAUGGGCCUCUGAGUAGUUUAUGGCGAGAGAAGGAAGGAAGGAGGAAGAGGAGAAAAAGAAGAAGAGAACAGUGCGAAGAAGAGGAGGCGUUUUGGGGGAGAGACGAGAAAAAUAAACCAAAGUAGGGGGGAAAAAAACAGCAGGACGUUUGGAGGGGAGAGAGAGCCUGAGAAAGAGAAGAGAGAAGAGAGGAGGGGAGAGGAGAGGAGAGGAGAAAACGCCCUGCUGUUGCUGCUGCGGGUGGUGGAGGUGCUGGAUCCAUCCUCCAAAUAAAAAAAUAACACAAAACUUUUGAAGCCUGAAGCCAAACAUGGGGUCAGAAGUUGACCCGUCUUAGUCCUGCAACUUUCACAGAAGUUUCUGGGCUCUUAUUUGUUGAUUUGUGCGGCCGAGAAGCUCUUUCUGCUCUAUUGUUUUUCGGUUCCUCGAUCCUGGAUCGUGCCAGAGAGUUUGGGGCGGGAGGCGGAGGCGGAGGCGGAGGAGGAGGCUGCUCUAGGUGCUCUAGGCCCCGGCAGCCCGGAGUAAGCGAACACCUUCAUAUACAUUAUUCAAUGCCAAGGCUGAGAGGGACUUAGGCGCGGGCUGCGAUGUCUCCUGGGGCGGAGAGGAGGAUGGAGAACAGGCUGAGGAAGCUGGAGGCCCUGAUCAGGGACCCCAGGUCCGCCAUCAACUUGGAGAGUUUGCUGGACGCCAUGAACGCCCUGGUUCUGGAUCUGGAUUUUCCAGCCUUACGCAAAAACAAGAAUAUCGAAAACUUCUUGAACAGAUAUGAGAAAGUAAUGUCUCACAUUCGGGAGCUGCAGAUGAAGCCGGAGGAUUUUGACAGAGUGAAGGUGAUCGGCAGAGGAGCGUUUGGAGAAGUACAACUGGUGAGACAUAAAGCCUCUCAGAAGGUUUAUGCCAUGAAGCUGCUGAGUAAGUUUGAGAUGAUCAAGCGCUCUGACUCGGCUUUCUUCUGGGAGGAGCGGGACAUCAUGGCGUUCGCCGACAGCCCCUGGGUCGUACAGCUGUGCUGUGCUUUCCAGGAUGACCGUUAUCUGUACAUGGUGAUGGAGUACAUGCCGGGUGGAGACCUGGUGAACCUGACCAGUACGUAUGAUGUUCCAGAGAAGUGGGCAAAGUUCUAUACGGCCGAGGUGGUCAUGGCUCUGGACGCCAUCCACUCCAUGGGCUUCAUCCACCGCGACGUCAAACCGGACAACAUGCUGCUGGACCGCCACGGCCACCUCAAACUCGCCGACUUCGGCACCUGCAUGAAGAUGGACUCGACGGGUAUGGUGCACUGCGACACGGCGGUGGGAACGCCCGACUACAUCUCACCCGAGGUCCUGAAGUCGCAGGGAGGAGACGGCUACUACGGCCGAGAGUGCGACUGGUGGUCUGUGGGAGUGUUCAUCUUCGAGUUGCUCGUGGGUGAUACUCCAUUCUACGCCGACUCACUAGUGGGGACCUACAGUAAAAUUAUGGAUCACAAGAACUCUCUGAACUUCCCUGAUGAUGUGGAGAUCUCUAAGGAGGCCAAAGACAUUAUCUGUGCUUUCCUGACAGACAGGGAGGUCCGUUUAGGCCGUAAUGGUGUGGAGGAGAUUAAACGUCACCCUUUCUUCAGAAAUGACCAGUGGACCUUUGACACAAUCAGAGACACGGCAGCCCCGGUGGUCCCAGAGUUGAUCAGCGAUAUCGACACAAGCAAUUUUGACGAGAUCGAAGAGGAUAAAGGAGAUGUGGAGACGUUUCCUACGCCCAAAGCUUUUGUGGGGAACCAGCUCCCCUUCGUCGGCUUCACCUACUUCAAAGAAGACCAGUUGUUGAGCGCUUCCAACAGUUCAGCAGAGCAUCCUACAAAAGGAGAGGACAGUGUUGCAAUCCAGAAGAAGCUCCACUGCCUGGAGGAGCAGCUCAAUAACGAGAUGCAGGCCAAAGAUGAACUGGAGCACAAGUACAGGACAACCAGUGGACGACUGGACAAAAUCACCAAAGAGCUCGAAGAAGAGAUUAACAGUAGGAAGGUUUUGGAGUCUUCUCUGAGGCAGCUGGAGAGAGAGAAAGCUCUGCUGCAGCACAAGAGUGUGGAGAGCCACAGAAAGGCUGAGAGUGAAGCAGAUCGCAAACGCUGCCUCGAAAACGAAGUGAACGGUCUGAGAGACCAGCUGGAGGAGAUGAAGAAGAGAAACCAGAAUUCUCACAUUUCCAACGAGAAAAACAUCCACCUGCAGAGACAGCUGGACGAAGCAAAUGCCCUACUGCGCGCCGAGUCAGACGCUGCAGCGCGGCUGCGGAAGGCGCAGACCGACUCCAGUAAACAGCUGCAGCAGCUGGAGACGCACGUGAGGGAGCUGCAGGAUAAGUGCUGUCUGCUGGAGAGCAGUAAACUGUCUCUGGAGAAAGAUUACAUCAGCCUGCAGGCCGCACUGGACACAGAGACACGCGAACACACGCAGCGCUCCGAGACCAUCUCCGACCUGCAGGCGCGUCUCUCCAGUCUGGAGGAUGAGGUGAGGCAGGCGAGACAGGCUCUGUCCAAAGCAGAGAGUGAAAAGCGGCAGCUACAGGAGAAACUCACCGACCUGGAGAAGGAGAAGAGCAAUAAGGAGAUUGAUAUGACGUAUAAGCUGAAGGUGCUGCAGCAGAGCCUGGAGCAGGAGGAGGCGGGCCACAAGGCCACGAAAGCCCGUCUGGCUGACAAGAGCAAGAUCAGCGAGUCCAUCGAGGGAGCCAAAUCUGAGGCCAUGAAAGAACUGGAGCAGAAGCUGCAGGAGGAACGCGCCUCUAAGCUGCGCGUGGAGAACCGGCUUCUGGAGCUGGAGAAGCAGAACUCCAUGCUGGACUGCGACUACAAGCAGGCCCUGCAGAAGCUCGAGGAGCUGCGCAGACACAAGGACAGACUCAAUGAAGAGGUGAAGAACCUCUCUCUGAGGAUCGAGCAGGAGAUGCAGAAGCGCAGCCUGACCCAGAAUGACCUGAAGGUCCAGAACCAGCAGCUGAGCACGCUGCGAACAUCAGAGAAGCAGCUCAAGCAGGAGAUCAACCACCUGCUGGACAUCAAACGCAGCCUCGAGAAGCAGAACACGGAGCUGCGCAAGGAGCGUCAGGAUGCCGAUGGUCAGAUGAAGGAGCUGCAGGAUCAGCUGGAGGCAGAGCAGUAUUUCUCAACACUAUAUAAGACUCAGGUGCGCGAGCUGAAGGAAGAGUGUGAGGAGAGAAAUAAGCUAUAUAAGGACAUGCAGCAGAAUCUGCAGGAGCUGCAGGAGGAGAGGGACUCUCUGGCCGCUCAGCUGGAGAUCACCCUGACGAAGGCGGACUCGGAGCAGCUGGCUCGCUCCAUCGCUGAGGAGCAGUACUCUGACCUGGAGAAGGAGAAGAUCAUGAAGGAGCUGGAGAUCAAGGAGAUGAUGGCCAGACACAGGCAGGAACUGGCCGAGAAGGACACCACCAUCAGCUCAUUGGAGGAAGCGAACCGCACACUGACGAGUGAUGUGGCGAACCUGGCCAAUGAGAAGGAGGAACUUAACAACAAGCUGAAGGAGGCACAGGAUGACCUGCAGAAGCUGAAGGAUGAUGAGCAGUCCAUCACUCAGAUGAAGCUGGCUUAUGAGAAGCAGCUGCAGUCAGAGAGGACCCUCAAAACACAGGCUGUGAACAAGCUGGCCGAGAUCAUGAACAGGAAGGAGGUGCGUGGCGGCAGCAGUCGCCGUGGAAACGACACGGACGUCAAGAGGAAGGAGAAAGAGAACAGGAAGUUGCAGCUGGAGCUGCGUUCAGAAAAGGAGAAGCUCAACAGCACCAUCAUCAAAUACCAGCGAGAGAUCAACGACAUGCAGGCGCAACUGGCGGAGGAGUCGGUGAUGCGGGUGGAGCUGCAGAUGGCUCUGGACAGCAAGGACAGCGACAUCGAGCAGCUCCGCGGCCUCUUAAACUCCCUCAACGUCCACUCCCUCGACUCGGCCAGCAUGAGCAGCGGCCCUGAUUUCGAAACGGAUGAGUCACUACCAGAGACUCGACUGGAGGGCUGGCUGUCUCUUCCUGUGAGGAACAACACCAAACGCUUUGGCUGGGAGAGAAAGUAUGUUGUGGUGAGCAGUAAGAAGAUCCUCUUCUACAACAGCGAGCAGGACAAAGAGCACUCCAAUCCAUGCAUGGUGUUGGAUAUAGAUAAACUCUUCCACGUUCGAUCCGUCACGCAGACAGAUGUGUACCGUGCUGACGCUAAAGAGAUUCCCAGAAUAUUUCAGAUCUUGUACGCUAAUGAGGGCGAGAGUAAGAAGGAGCAGGAGCUGGAGCCUCUACCCAUCGGGGAGAAGUCCAGCUACAUCUGCCACAAGGGUCACGAGUUCAUCCCCACCCUCUACCAUUUCCCCACUAACUGUGAGGCCUGCACCAAACCCCUGUGGAACAUGUUCAAGCCACCUCCCGCCCUGGAGUGCCGAAGAUGCCACAUCAAGUGCCACAAAGACCACAUGGACAAGAAAGAAGAGAUCAUUGCACCAUGUAGAGUGAACUACGACGUGUCUACAGCCAAGAACCUGCUGCUGCUGGCUGCAUCUCAGGAAGAGCAGCAGAAAUGGGUCAGCAGGCUCGUCAAGAAAAUCCCCAAAAAGCCGCCUGCGCCGGAGGCAACCCACCGCUCCUCUCCUCGCGCCCCCGUUAAAGUACAGGCCAGCCAGUCUAUGAGGAGACCCAGCCGACAGCUACCAGCCAGCAAACCCAGGGCUGUGCACAACUCUAAGGAGCCUGCAUCGCCCCCUCCAGGCAGGGAGAAAUUCAUCUACCACAAGGGUCAUGAGUUUAUGCCCACUCUCUACCACUUCCCCACCAACUGUGAAGCCUGCACUAAACCCCUCUGGAACAUGUUCAAGCCUCCUCUGGCUCUGGAGUGCCAACGGUGCCAAAUCAAGUGCCACAAAGACCACAUGGACAGGAAAGAGGAGGUUCUGAGACCUUGUACUCCGACCAAAUUCGACCCCGAGUUUGCAACUGGGUGAAAGUAGCUGGAUGGGGAGUUUCUUUGUAGCGCUAACACAUUCAAAUAGCAUUCAAAUGAGCUGGAGCUGAAGAGGUCUCAAUCGUAAAACGAGUCUUCGGGCACAGUAUGAGGCAUCCAUUCAGGAGUUUCAUACCGUGCGUCUUCUAAAAAGGCCUGAAAAACGGCACACGGGUCACUUCAGCUCCAGAUCAUUUUCCAAAUUUGCACGCUGUGGAAACGGCUACUUUAAUGGUGCACUGGUAAUCUGUCGUGAACUCAGCAUCCAUGGCAUGUUCUUUGCCACUAACAAUGCAUAGAGUUGCUUUGUGUUCAGUUUGGCCCAACUUGAAGCUUAUUUGGGGGCUGAAACGUAGAUGUAGAUACUAGAACUUUAUUUGAAGGCUGUGUAGCAAAAUAUGCAUUUUUAUGCAAAUUAAAUCAACACUUCCAACACAGAACUUUCUCCAUUUUUCAAAAAUGUUGAUUUAGACUCAUUUGAUGAUGAUCACACAGCCUUCAGAUGCUAUUUAUUUACAGAUUUAUUUACUCUUAGCCUUUCUGAUUUGGGCUGGAUCCUUGUUGGGCUUUGCCCACAAGGUCGAGGGAAAGCUCAGGGUUUUAGAAUAAAGUGUUGAGUCUCCCAAAUCCAGGUAGCAUCCUGUAGCUGGCAAUGGCUUGCCUCUACUGGACAGCCUUUAGCAGUGGAGUUCCCUCUUUGUUGGCUGAAUCUUGGCGCUCUUCCUCCCUUGCAGGGUUCUAGAUGUGGGCCAUGAGGACUGGCACUGGGCUUUGGAUGAGGUCGAUGAUGAUGUUGAAAAUGCAUUUAAUUUCUAAGCAGCAUGCAGGGUCGAAUCAUGGUAACCGCUGACCAGAAUGAUUGCGAAUGUUUGUGCUUGCGGUGGGCUGUGGCUGCCACUGGAGCGGACUCUAGUUCGUCUGCUUCUUUUAGUGGGUGCCGCUGCCAAGUUGGUGUGGAGAACUUGGCGGAAGUCGGUAGAACCUGCUGAACCUUUCCAAACAUCCUCUCUUUCUCAUCUAACUGACUGUAUUUUAAAGGAAUAAGCUGAUCAAAUAAAAUCAAAUGUACACAGUUUCUGCUUUGGUUUCCACAGUUUGCCUCUUUAGCUGUGAGGCUAAUGUAGCUAACAAGUAGCUUUGUACAAACAACAAGGCUAAAUCGUCGCUCAGUUGCUUCAAACUGCUUCUCAAACUUGCUUAUGUGGUUUCUGACACUAUGACAUGCUGAUAUCUAUAAAUAUGGACUAAAGUACUUAUAAAGUUCAGGUUUCAGGAUGGCUGCUACUGUUUUAGCUUUGUGAUACAUGUGAGAAAACCACAUAAGUAAAUCUAGGGGAGGCUUAUAUCCCACUGGCCUAGCACUGUGCUAACUGCAUGCCUAACGUGUCUCAAAUUUGCCUUAAAAUGGCAGAAUAAGGUGAGUUCACUGCAUUUUUCUAAAGGCUGAAAAAAGCGAGGCACACUGGUCGGUUUUCUGAAGGUCCACUUAUAAAAAAGAAAGUUCAUGGUAAAUGGAAUGGUUCUAUUUAGGCCCAAGCCCAUUUCUUCUUUUUACAUCUACCCCUUGUUUUCAAGUGUCACCCUAACCCUUUGGAACUGAGUUACAGGGUAGUGGUUAAAAUCUUCCCUCUGUAAUCUGACCUUCAAUUAAAAAGCGCAUCACUUCAUUAACAGCUACCAGCGCUGCUCUGUAGGCGACCCUGCCAGUCUGCAGUGACAGCAGAGGAGGGUAAAGUUCAGCUCCUCACUGCUGGGCUUUAGUUACA